CCCCGCGAGCUGCGGGCGGGCGCCGAGCACACUCGCACCGCGCAGCGCAGCGCAGCGCCGCGGAGGAUUUUCUCCCCCAAACUGCAACAAGCCGCCUUUCAAGGACAAGAUGCCGAUAAAUAUACAGAGGAUCCUGUGGGUGUGCUCAGCCUUAAUAGUGACCCAUGCUCUACCUAAAGACAAAAUGGAGAAGAGCCCACCUGUUAAGGGCUCUUUGUCCGGAAAAGUCAGCCUACCUUGUCAUUUUGCCACCAUGCCUACCUUACCACCUGGUUAUAAUACAAGCGAAUCUCUCCGAAUCAAAUGGUCUAAGAUGGAAGUGGACAAAAGUGGAAAAGAUUUAAAGGAGACGACUGUUCUGGUGGCCCAAAACGGGAAUGUCAAGAUCGGUCAGGAGUACAAAGGGAGAGUGUCAGUGCCGACCCAUCCCGAGGACGUGGGCGAUGCCUCCCUCACCAUUGUCAAGCUCCGGGCCAGCGAUGCCGGCGUUUACCGCUGCGAUGUCAUGUAUGGCAUUGAAGAUACUCAGGACUCCAUGUCACUGGCCGUGGAUGGGGUUGUGUUUCACUACAGGGCGGCAACCAGCAGAUACACUCUGAACUUUGAGGAUGCCCAGAAGGCUUGCUUGGACAUUGGGGCCGUUAUAGCUACCCCAGAGCAGCUCUUCGCUGCCUAUGAAGACGGCUUUGAGCAGUGUGAUGCAGGCUGGCUCUCUGAUCAGACUGUCAGAUACCCCAUUCGGGCUCCCCGAGAAGGCUGUUAUGGAGAUAUGAUGGGGAAGGAAGGGGUCAGGACCUAUGGAUUCCGUUCUCCCCAGGAGACCUAUGACGUGUACUGUUACGUGGAUCAUCUGGAUGGUGAUGUAUUCCACAUCACUGCUCCCAAUAAGUUCACCUUCGAGGAGGCUGAGGAAGAGUGUGGAAACCAGGAAGCCAGGCUGGCAACGGUGGGAGAGCUUCAUGCAGCUUGGAGGAACGGCUUUGACCAGUGCGAUUACGGGUGGCUGUCGGAUGCCAGCGUGCGCCACCCCGUGACUGUGGCCAGGGCCCAGUGUGGAGGUGGUCUACUUGGGGUGAGAACCCUGUAUCGUUUUGAGAACCAGACAUGCUUCCCUCUCCCUGAUAGCAGAUUUGAUGCCUACUGCUUUAAACCUAAACAGAAUAUAUCAGAGGCUACCACCAUCGAAACGAAUAUCCUCACAGAAACCGCAUCACCCAGUUUACCCGCAGGACCACAAAUAGUACCUGACAGAGCUACACCAGUCAUCCCUUUAGUCACCGAAUUACCUAUCCUUACACACUUCCUUCCUGCAGGAAAAAUAGUCAACUUUGAGCAGGAAUCCACAGUCCAGUCUCAGGCUCUUACAGACAGACUAGCUACUGACUCACCUCCACCUGCUGGGAAUUCCAUGAAGCCUUGGGGUACGGACGAGCACUCACCUUCUGUUUCAGGAACCCUUAGAGAGCCAGAGGGUGAAAGUAAGGAGGAAGGCCUCCACCACACAACCUUAACCUCCCACCGUGCUACUGAGUCAUGGGAUGGCACCACGGGAGACACACAAACGCAAGAGUCAGGUACACAGUCAGAGCAAAUUGAAGUGGGUCCUUUCGUGACAUCUAUGGAACCUGCAAAGCACCUUCCUUCCAAAGAAUUAUCUGUAACUGAGUCACCAUUCAUAUCCACAGAAAUGACCUUGGAGCCCACAACUGAAAAGCAACCAGUAAGCACGAAUGCUGACUUGGAUACCACAGGUCACUAUGGGUUUACCCUGAGAGAAGAGGCUAGUGAAGACAAAACCCUGGCCAGUAGAUCUUCUGAGAGCACCGUGGCUCACGGCCAGAUACUUGAGGUCGUUACAGUGUCGAAGACAUCAGAAGACACCACGCACUCCCGGCCAGAGGACUUGGGGCCAAUUCCAGCGUCCACAGUUGUUUCACCUAUAACUGCAUCACCCGGGGAUCAUGAGGAAGAGAAACAAACUCAUGGCAAAAUAACUGAAGAUUUUUUACAUCAGUCUCUGCCUACUACACCUUUUCAAUCCCAGGAUCUUAAAGAAGUAGAAAUGUUUCCUUAUUCUGGUGAUAAAAUGGCAGAGGGAAUAUCCACAGUUAUUUAUCUUUCAUUACAAACAGAAAUGACCCAAGGAAGAGAAAGAACAGAAAUGCCAGGACCAGAGUUGAGAACAGAUGCUUACAUAGAUGAUGAAAUACAAGAAAAGAUUACCAGAGAUCCAUUUAUAGGUAAAACAGAAGAAAGCUUUUCUGGAAUGAAGCUUUUUACAUCCUCAUCAGAACAAAUUCAUUCCACAGAAUCAUCUAUGGAAACAGAUCGAUCAUUUGUUCCUCCAGCAUUGACAACAGUGAAGGUAGUUGUAAAGCCGACAGAAGCAAGGGAUGUGAGGCCGAACACCACUGCUCUCAUUAGAUUAGAAGCAGAUGGCUAUCAAGAUGCUACCAAGAAUGGCAAAGAUGUUACAACAGCCCAUUUGACCCACAGUGUGGAGGUGGUUACAGUAUCAAAAUGGUCAUGGGAUGAAGAGAAUGCAACUUCAAAGCCCUUAACCUCCACAGAACAUGCAGGCCCCCCACAACUACCCCACGUUUUACUCACCACUAUGGGAGCAAAGGAAAAAGAUGAAGAAAUCCCAAGUUUCACAGAUGACUUCGGAGGUGAAUACACUGAUUUUCCAGACAGUACUCAAAAGCCCCUGGAACAAUUUUCUGAGGAAGAUUUAACAUCUGAGAAAUUUUUAGUUACAUUUCAUCCAACGACAUCAUUGGGAAUUGCAGAGAAGUCCACUUUGAGAGAUUCUGCAACCGAGGAAAGAGUUCUAUAUACCACCAGCACAGUAGGCCAAGUUACUCAUACAACCAUGGAAGGAAGUGCCUUAGGCGAAGAAGUAGAUGUCUCUAAGCCAGUAUUCACUGUCCCCCCAUUUUUACAGACUUCGGAUGUGGAAGAUUUAGCAUUUGUUAAUUAUAGUAGCACCCAGAAGCCUACUACUGAUGUAGACACUUCCCAUACGGUUCCUCUUUCUGUAAUUCCCAAGACAGAGUGGGAGGUAUUGAAACCUUCUCUUCCAUCGGAAGGCAGAGUUCGGGGGGAACCUGAUGAAGACAUCCAUUUCAUUGAACAGACUCUCCUAGAAGCAACCAUGUUUCCUGAAACUUUGAGGUCAACAGAAAGCACACAGGGAACAACCUCGGGAGAAUUAUCUUUGAAAGAACAAGCCACAAUCAAACAGGUUCCUGACCUCAGUUCUACUGUGGAAGAACCCAAGGAGGCAACAGUAACAUUUGAAGAGGACACUGGGUCAGCAUAUACAGUCUUUGAAGACAGAUUGGUGACAGGUAUUGAAAGAAUCCCAGUUUUAGAAACAACACCAAGCACAAAAAUUGAGCAUGGUGUUUCUUAUCUACCUACUGCGAUAACUGAGCACAAAGAAAAAACAGAUGAAAUGGAAGCACUAAUACCAAGCACUGGGACCAAAGUAGAUUUAAGUCUAGAACCAGAAGGAAGGUAUGAGGCAGAAGGAGGCAGUACAACGGAAUUUGUGUCAACUUUCAGCCACUCUGGCACUCAUGCCAUACCGCUUAUGGAGGAAACCACUACUGAAGAAAGAGGCAAGACACUCCAAGAUUAUACUGAUUUAGGUUCAGGAUUAUUUGAAAAGCCACAAACCACAGAACUCCCAGAAUUCCUUACAAUUAGAACCACAGCUCCAAGCACCACCACAGCUGCUUUUACUUCCAUAGACAGAAGUCCAGCAUUCAAGACUACUUUAGCAUCCACGCAGGAGCCACCUCCCUUUGACAGAGAGCCCGGUGAGAUGACCACUCGCGAAAAGGCACUGACCAGAGAACCAGCAACUCAUGUUCCUCCUGCUAUCCUCACUGAUGUCAUAGCUCAGGCAACAGAAACCAGUGUUGACAGAGAACAGGCCAUGACUUCAAGGACUCCUACUGCUCAGCCAACAGGAACACCCAUUGUGGAAAGCAAAGAGACCUUCAAAACUCAGGCAUUUUCUACUCCACCACCCACAACAGGGACAAAAUUCCACCCUGACAUAAAUGUUUAUAUUGUUGAGGUCAGAGAAAACAAGACAGAUCGAAUGAGUGAUUUGAUUAUAAAUGGUCAUCCAAUAGAUUCAGACUCUAAAGAAGAUGAACCUUGUAGUGAAGAAACAGAUCCGCUGCAUGAUCUGAUUGCAGAAAUUUUUCCUCAAAUAACUAAUUCCAUUGAAAUAGACAUAUACCACAGCGAGGAUGAGGAAGAGGAGGAUGAAGAAUGUGCGAACACAACGGAUGUUACCACCACCCCAUCUGUGCAGUACAUAAGUGAGAAGCCUCUAGUCACCACUGUGCCUAAGAACCCGGAGGCCGCAGAAGCGAGGAGUGGCCAGUUUGAAAGUGUGGCACCUUCUCACACUUUCCCAGAUGGCUUGGAAAGUGACAGCCACCCAUUUGUCAUCACAGAAACAGAAUUGUCCACUGCAGUGCCACCCAAGGAGUCUAAAGAAACCACUGAAUUGCUGGAAAUAACAUGGAAGCCUGAGGUCUAUCCUGAAGUGCCAGAACAUUCUUCAAGUGGUGAGCCUGACAUUUUCCCCACCGCCCCACUUCCUGACCGAGGAGCCACAGAAGGGACAGACUCCACCACUAAACUUGAAAAUCCUGCCCACAAGCAUCCUGAAAUGGUACCUCUGUUUUCUGAAGGGUCUUCAGGAGAGGAUGCCAUUGACCCCCUGUCUCAGGAAGGGGUCUUUGCAAGGACUACAGAAGUUACAUUCGGUCAAGAAGCAGACACAGGUCCUAUCUCUUCUGCUCCCAGUACACUUCCAUCGCCCGUACCAGCAAAUAUUGCAGAAGAACAGUCAGUUACUCUAACAAGGGUCCCUGGGAUUGGCGACGCUUCAAACACUGUGGAAAGCUGGGCGGGAGCGACACAUGGACAUGCUGUAGAGUUCUCAGGAAGCUCUGCAGCCCCUGUCUUAGAAGGCUCCGGGGAAGUAGAAGGAUACAGAGAUAAAAUGUUCUCAAUAGUAACUGAUUCGUCACAGAAAAAUUCAACAGAUACACUCAUUUCUUUGGAUCUCAGCAAGGUAACCAUGGCAGAGAGCCUUCUAGAUAUCCCAACAACCACCACUUAUUGGGCUUCAGAACAAGAGGUGCCUAUCGAGUCUGUAAAUCAGACAGACGCUUCUGAGUGGGUUUUCAGUACAUCUGAAGGAAAGACAAGUGAAGAGGAGGGAGAGAGAACCACCAGUGCAGCUGUCAUACUUGAGGUCCCUUCAUCAAGACACAGGUCAGAUCAAUUAAUGUUAUCCCCCAAAUUAGCAAGUUCCAGUGCAGCUACACCUAGUGAUUCAACCACCAGGAACAGUUUUCUGCCCUUGACAGAACCCACACAGUCUGAAAAUGAAACAAGCUCUAACUCUGUUUUCACAGAGACAAGUGUUUCAGUGAAUUCAGAGGCUCAGCUCUUCCAGCAAGGUAGUGGCAGCCAAUCCAGGGUCCAGGAAGGGCUGGCCACUCUCUCAGGCAGUCCUGCAACUCUCUUUAUGGAUCAAGGUUCUGGAGAAGCAGCUGCUGACCCAGAAUCCAUGGCUAUUUCUCUAUUUUCAUUAAAUUUAGAGUCUGAAAUCAAAGUGAAAAAAGAACCAGCUGGCACUUUGCCUCCACCCGUGGAAAUGGCGUUAACUUCUAAGCCAGUGGGGUCAUUUUUGAGCACUGUAAAGGACAGGGAGGCUGCUGCAGUUACAAACCCAGUGUCCACGGAGACCCCAGCGACAGAGGUCUCAGGAGAGCUGAUUCACAGGGCAGAAGUAAGGGGCUUUUCCUCAGGCUUUUCUCUGGGAGAAGAUUCCAGUGGUGACUUUAGUGAAUACCCAACAGUGCCUCAUCCUGUAACAAAGGAAGGAACAGUGAUGGUGGAGGGCUCCGAGGAUGCAUUGUUUAGUGAUAGGCAGACUUUACUAUCUACACCUCCUACCUCAGAUCACAUGAGCCAAAUGCCCAGCUCAGAAAGACCCAACAGCACUGUGUCUGCCAUCUCAGCCCUGCCCUGGGAAGAGUUCGUGGCCUCGGGAGAGGGCUCGGGUGAGCGCCUGUCCACAGCCAGCAGCUCCAUUGCUCCGGUGCUCUCCCCUGUUGUGAACAAAUUCUCUGAUAGGGAUUCUUCUUUCAUUGACCAAGGAAUGGGAGAUGUGGGUUCUGUGAAUGAAGAAGAUAAAAGUUCCACCAUUUUUCCAACAGUGGCAACUGGAAAUACUGUAAAUCUGACAGAAAACAAGGAAGUAAAGGUAAAUGGCACGUUUUCAUUGGACUUCCUCCAAACGAUGGAGCCAGACAGUUUAUGGUCCAGACAGGAAGUUAAUCCUGUAAUUCAAGGGAUUGAAAGUGAAAGAGCCUCGGAGGAAAAGGCCCAAGAAGAAAAGUUUUUGGUGAGUUCUUUGGUGUCCGAACCACCUACUUCUCCUUCACAAACAUUGAUGGAGGUAGAACUCCAAGCCACACAUGAUUCUGUACUCACAACAAAGCAAACUUAUGAUGCAAAUAAGGAAAUGGAAGAGGAAGAAAUGCCCUUAGCUCACAUGUCUGUUCCAGGGUCGGAUGCAAAAGGCUUACACUCAUAUACUCCGCUUCCUACAGCUACUGGAGAUUCACACAUUUCCUCACCUGCAGCCUUAGCAGCUGAAUCCAUGCCAACCGAAAGUGUAGCCUUAGAUUCCUCAACUAGAGAGGAGGAAAGUGUGAAACUCCUCCCACAGGACACGAGCACGGCAGUGAAAGAGUCAGGGGUGGAUCUCUCAUUCUCAGGACUGGGAUCAGGAGAAGUUUUGCUUCCUUUACCUACAGUGUCAGUGAAUUUUACUAAGAUGGAACAAAUCAUCAGCACAUUAUAUCCUGAGACUUCUCACGUGCAAAGUUUGGGAACAAGUACCUUAAGUGAUAAAAUGGAGGAUGACGAGAGAAUGGGAAAUGUGGCAAAUGAAGUUAGAGCAUUCACCCCCAAAGCAGACAUAUCUGAAGGGAGUGAGUUGGCAUCCAGUGCCACCUUAAUGGAAAUUUUUAGUGACACUGGAGCAGACGGCACCACCUCCACCCCUCUUCCUCUCUCCAAGGAUAUUGAGCAUCCUCAAAACCAGACUCUCAGGUGGGAAGAGGGAACCCAGACACAUAGUCCACAAACCAUGACUGAGCAAGCCUUUAAUGAUAAUUCUUUGAUAGCAGAAACUCAGGAAGCAGCAAUCUUCUCCACUGUCUCCCCGGAUCAAACUGACAGACUUGAAAUGGCCAAAGAAUUUGUUACAUCAGUACCCAAUCCAUCUGAUAUAUUUUACCAAAACUCUGGAGAAGGAUCUGGAACCAUGGAUGUUCUUGAUUUAGUUCACACUUCCGGAACUACUCAGGGAGCCAAGGAAGGAACCAGCACAUUGGCUUCUGAUGUAUUUCCCCAAAAGCAUCCUGAGAUGCCAAGCACAGGGGCUGGAACUGGGGAUGGAUCGCCAACAGGGUCAGAGAUGCUGUUGUCUCCCUUCGGGCACACUGGAAGCAGUGCAGAUCCAGCUAGUGUACUGUCAAGUACGGAGCCGUACGAGGGGCCCACGGAGGGUGAUGCAGGUGUUGGCCAAGACCACUUCAGGGGACUUGACUUUACCUUAAAACCCAGCAGGAGAAAAACCACUGAAAAUAUCCUUAUAGACCUAGACACAGAGGAUAAGGAUUUAGUAUUGACAAUUACUCAGAGUACCAUCCUUGAAAUCCUACCUGAGCUGACUUCAGAUAAAAAUACUAUCAUAGACAUUGAUCAUACUAGACCUGUAUAUGAAGAUAUCCUUGAAAUGCAAACAGACCUCGAUCCAGAGGUACCAUCAGGACCACACAGUAAUAAUGAAGAAAUCACUCAAGUUCAAGAGGAGUAUGAGGCAGCUGUUAAUUUUUCUUUAACUGAGGAAGCAAUGGAAAGUUCUGGUGACACAAUUCUUGAUAGGUCUGCUCUGACAACAAAGAGUGAACCAGUGACUUCAGAGGAUGGAAGCCAACCAGAUCAUAUAAGCCUUAGUUUCCCAAUGACCACCCCUGCACCUAGAACAGAAACAGAAUUCGAUACCUCACUUACCAUGGUAUCAUCUCUGCCCUCUCCUAACACGAUGUCCACAGUUAACCCAGAGAUUGAAAAGCCCAGCACUGAAGCAGUAGUUUCAGAUGAUGUAUUUGAGUCGAGUACGUUGUCAGAUGGGCAAGCAAUUGCAGACCAAAGUGAAAUCAUAUCAACCUCGGGCCACUUGGAAAGGACAGGGGAGGAAUAUGAAGAAAAGAAAUAUGUGGGUACUUCUUUUCAGCCAGAAUUUCCUUCAGGAGCUGGGGAGGCCUUGCCAGAUCCUACUGAUUAUGUAAGCAUUGGUAAGACACGCCCUGUGGCUCAGCAUUUGACACAAACCCUGAAUAUGACGGGAGGAUCCACGUUUCCACAUUACACGGAUACGGCACUGGCAGGUUCAGCAUUGGCACAGCUGACCUCCCAGAUGCCAUCCUCUCCUGUCCCAGUCUACCCAGGCCGUAGAGCCACUGAAUACCCAAAGGUUCCUCACACAAGUGCUCCCAUAGAUACCAGUGCUGGAGCAUCUCAAAGAUCGCCAGAGGAUUCUUUCACAGUUCAUGCACAUAGCGAAAUGACUCUGAAGCCAUCAAGUGAAGAGAUUUUUCAUACAACUGAGGCUCCAUUCUUGUCUCCUGACUCAGAAAUAGAGCUUUCAGAAGAUGAAAGUAGGCCUAAGCUAAUAGAACUGGAAGUGUCUCCCACUGAAGCAAUGGCUGAAGGAAAAACUGUGACUUCCCAAGAUUUCCCAAACAAAGCCAAUGUUCAGCUUCUGGGGGAAACAAGUGGGAUCUUUUCCAGUAUCAGAACUCCUGAGACUGGACUUGUUAGUACAGCUGCCAACGAGAUUAAGUUAGCAGGUGCCGUGCGGCGGCCACAUUCUACUUCUGCUUCUGUGACGUCCUCAUUCGGGGAGGAGGCAGAUGUGGUGCCUCAGCCCCGCCCGCAGAUGUCUGAGAGGCCCCGUUUUCCUUCUUUGGAAAGAAGCCAUGAGACACACGCACCUGUAGUGACAGGGGAGGACUCCACAGUGGCAGGAUCAGAAAAGAACGUAUCAGCAAGGAUUCUUGAUUCCAGUGAUCAGGCAACACCAAGCACCGUGGAAAUAAAUACUGGGGUUGCAAUACCACCAUUUUCCCCUCUGGAAAAUUCUAGUGAAACAGGCUUCCUGAUUGGCAUUAAUGAGGACUCAGCGGAAGGCACAGCAGUCUAUCUACCAGGAGCUGAUCGGUGUAAAACAAACCCAUGCCUCAAUGGUGGCACCUGCUAUCCCACUGAGACCUCCUACGUGUGCACCUGUGUGCCUGGGUUCAGUGGGGACCAGUGUGAAUUGGAUUUUGAUGAAUGCCACUCUAACCCUUGUCGGAACGGAGCCACGUGCAUCGAUGGCUUUAACACGUUUAGGUGUCUCUGCCUUCCGAGCUAUGUUGGUGCACUUUGUGAACAAGACACUGAGGCCUGUGACUACGGGUGGCACAAAUUCCAAGGACAGUGCUACAAGUACUUUGCCCACAGACGCACAUGGGAUGCUGCCGAACGGGAAUGUCGCCUGCAGGGCGCCCACCUCACAAGCAUCCUGUCUCAUGAAGAGCAAGUGUUUGUGAAUCGUGUGGGCCAUGAUUACCAGUGGAUAGGUCUCAACGACAAGAUGUUUGAGCACGACUUUCGCUGGACAGAUGGCAGCCCGUUGCAAUAUGAGAACUGGAGGCCUAACCAGCCAGACAGUUUCUUCUCAGCUGGGGAAGAUUGUGUUGUGAUCAUUUGGCAUGAGAACGGCCAGUGGAACGAUGUUCCUUGCAAUUACCAUCUCACCUAUACCUGCAAGAAAGGAACAGUUGCUUGCGGCCAGCCCCCUGUUGUAGAAAAUGCCAAGACCUUUGGAAAGAUGAAACCACGUUAUGAAAUCAACUCUUUGAUUAGAUAUCACUGUAAGGAUGGUUUCAUUCAGCGCCACCUUCCAACCAUCCGGUGUCUAGGAAAUGGAAGAUGGGCCAUGCCUAAAAUAACCUGCAUGAACCCAUCUGCAUACCAAAGGACUUAUUCUAAGAAAUACUUUAAAAAUUCUUCAUCUACAAAGGACAAUUCAAUAAAUACAUCCAAACAUGAUCAUCGUUGGAGCCGGAGGUGGCAGGAAUCCCGGCGCUGAUUCCCUGAAAUGGCGAACAUGUGUUAACAUCAUUUCAGCCAAAGUCCUAACUUCCUGUGCCUUUCCUAUCACCUUGAGAAGUAUUAUCAGUUGGUUUGGAAUAUUUUUUUUUUUGGACCAUCAUCAGGUCCUUUGAGGUUUGCUGUGCUCACAAAACAUUUUAUAUGAAAGAAUUGGCAUUCCAAAAAAAAACAAAGAGAAUAAAAUGGAAGAAAAUGAGGGAAGAAAGUAAUUUCCAGCCUAAUUUCUUUAGUUUUGUUUGCCUCCAGUGCAGACCAUUUGUUAAUGCAUCCCAGCCUACUGUACUAUUUAAAAAAGCUCAAUUUCAGCACUGAUGGCCAUGUAAAUAAGAUGAUUUAAUGUUGAUUUUAAUCCUGUAUAUAAAAUACACCAUCACACCGAGUUCAGCAUAUUUAAUGACCACCAUGGAGCUUUCGCGGUCUUUAGUCUUCGGUUCCGCUGCUUUUCUUUAGUUUGCUUAGGCUGGAAAAGGCUUCCCUUACCCUUCGCCUGUCAGUGUGACUGGGGAGGGCAUUUUCUGGACAAAUAGCUAACAGAGUCUUGUAGGUGGCUGUCUCCACCUCAGCCACAGGGGCAGCUCACUUCCUGGCACGAAGCUUGCCUGCUGGGACCCCGACAGAACCAGACACUUCGUGUGGACUUCUUGGCUGCAACCCUUCUUCACUUAUGAGAAAGGCCUGAAUGGAGGACUUUUCUGGGACCAGGAACAUUGUUUUUAGGGAUCAAAGUGCUAAUUAUUAACGCAACAAGGUCUACUUUUCAAUGGCUUUCAUAACACUAAUGUUGGCGAGAUUACAUGCCAAGACAUUUCAAAUGCAUAUAGACCAAGGGCUCUGGAGGGUGGGGGAUUCUUAAAACAAUGCCACCCAUGCAAAAAAUAAUUUUGUACAUAUAACCAUUUUAAUCUUUUAUAAAGUUUUAAAUGUUCUUGUAUGAAUGCUGCAGCUGUGAAGCAUACAUAAAUAAAUGAAGUAAGCCAUACGGAUUUAAUUUAUUGGAUGUUAUUUUUCCCAAGACCUGAAAAUUGAUAUAGUUUGCUAGCUACUUUUCAGGGUUAGCUGUUUUUUACUUUCCUCACACGCUUUGGAACCCUAGAAUAGAGAUACUUUGCCCCUGAUUCCAUAAUGUGAUGGAUAGACUGCAUCAAGUGUUUAUUAUGAAGAGUGGAAACGUGUAUAGGUUUCAGUCAGUGGUGUUUUUCCCUUCUAUGCAAGAAUGUAAAUGUAGACAUAGCGUGGGCAUCUCUUCCUUGUAAGUGGAGUGUAUGUGUCGAAAUUUCUGCUUCUCUCCCCACACCAUUUUCUCUCGUAUUGAAUUCAGUGACUGCAAAAGAUGACUGAAUAAUUAUUAUCCAUUUAUUUUAAGGUUCAAAGAAAAUACGUAAUGGAAAGAAGGCAGAUAGGACUCUUCUAAUUUCAGCUAGAGUAACUUUUUCAGGAAUAGCAAAUAAAUGGAAACAGAAAUGAUAACUACUUGAGGAGAUUAAAAUAUUUAAACUGACUUUAAAAUUAUACAAUGUAUACACGGAUUGAACCACCAUAUGGUAUCUCAUAAAUACGUGCUAUUUUUAAUGCUUUAUAUCAUAAAGAUAAUUUAAUUUAAAUCUAAAGCAAAACAGGAGAAGAGCAGACUAGGGUGGGCUCCAGAUUGACCGUCUUGCAUGAGAGCUCCUUUGGCUUAGAAGGGCAGCUGUAGCUCAGAAGCACACAGUGCGUCUGCACAAGAGUCCUGAUUUCUGAAUUCAAUAGCGUCCCCGCUUAGGUGUUCUGAACACAGAGAAAUGCUACGGCCAUCUGUUAGGGCUUGAGUUCUUUCUUCUUCAUUACAAUGCACAUAAUACUUUCCUGUAUUUAUAUUAUAACAUGUAUAGUGUAAAAUGUGAAUGGUCUUUUUUUGUGAAUGAAAUCUAAAAUCUUUGUAACUUUUUAUAUCUGCUUUUGUUUCACCAAAGAAACCUAAAAAUCCUUCUUUUACUACA